AUGAGCGAGAUAUCGUUUGUUCCUCCCGGAUUGUCUGGGGAGCCGCGCAGAAAAGUCGAUGAACAGGAUGAGUCUUCAGAUCAGGACGAUAUGGGGUCUACCUGGCCGAUCAUCAUUUUCAGCUCCAUCAUAGCUACCGGGGGACUGAUCUUUGGAUACGACAUUGGAACUAUUGGGGGUAUGAUCGACAUGCCUGCCUUCAUCAACACUUUUGCUGAUAACCGGACUGGCGGUCAGAUUGCGUUCCACAGCAUCACCAAAGGAGCUCUGAUUGGUAUUUCCAGUCUGGGCGGGUUCGUUGGUGGCAUCCUUAGCAUUUCGCUAAUCACGCCCUUUGGGCUCAGACCGACAAUUUUCUCAGCAGGCGUCAUCUACGCUGUGGGAAACAUGGUGACUAUUACCGCGACCGUGUGGAUCCAGGUGAUGUUUGGACGGGCGUUCAACGGAAUGGCCAACGGCAUUAUAUGCGUGACCUGUCCCAUGUUGAUCAGUGAGCUGGCGCCUACCAGUAUGCGAGGUGGCAUGAUAUGCAUCCAGCAGUUGCUCACCACCGUUGGCAUUCAGAUUGGAGCAGUCACUAUGUAUUUGAGUCAGUCCCUCUUCGACAACACCAACACGUUGCAGUUUAAAGUGCCCCUGAUCCAAGGGCUCUUUUGGGCGAUUGCAGUCUGCGUUUUGAUUUGGUUUGUACCGGAGUCUCCAUACUGGUAUCUCACAAGUCGCAAUUUGGUGGAAAAGUCCAAAAUGUCGGUAGCUCGAGCACGUUCUUUAGGAGUGAAUGACCCAGGGGUGCUCCGGAUAGUCGCCCUCAUGUUCAACAACCACAGCUACGAGGACGAGGAUGCCAAUCCUAAGGAAAAGAACUCGAUCCGAAAAGGAGAGCCCAAGUAUCUGCUGCGCACGCUGACCGGCAUCAGUGUGCUCUGCUGCCAGCAGCUUACAGGCAUAAACUACUUCUUUUUCUUUGGCACCACGAUCUUUGCUACAAUUGGCCUCACAAACCCAUACCUCGUUCCAAUUUUCUUUGGAUUCGUGAACCUGGUGUUUUCGGUGGUGUCCCUGUUCAUCGUCGAUCGCUUCAGGCGCACCAGCUUGCUGAUGAUCGGGUCUGUGCUACUCGCGUGCUUCAUGCUGCUAUUCACCAUAGUAAGCAUGUUCUCGAAUUCCAACAUGAACGUGGCUAUGGGAGUCGUUAUGGUGUCGGUUUCAUGUGGAUUCAUAGGAGUGUUUGCUACUACAUGGGGACCGUUGAGCGGCGUGGUUGUUUCCGAACUGUAUCCGAUAUCCAUCAAGGUGAAAGCAAUGUCCAUCUGCGGAUCGAUGAGCUGGCUAGUGACAUUCGUCAUGACCCUGAUCACACCGCCGCUGACAGAGGCCUUUGGCUUUGGUAUCGGAUUCGUGUUCUUUUUCUUCAACGUCACCGGAUUCGCAUUGGUGUACUGCCUGGUCCCGGAGACUAAAGGACUGCCGAUCGAAAGGCUGGACGAAAUAUACGAACAGCAGUGA